GUUGUUGUGACCUGGAUGUGAAUCUGUGGACACGCCGUGGCUGCUUCGUGUGAAUCUGAAGCGUCGUAUGCUGAUUUCUGGGUGGUUUUAAUAGACUCCGCGAUGACUUUACGGCUGUGAAAACACCCAAAACAUAGACGUGUAGACUAAGAUGAAUGGAAUCUGCGUGACAGUAGCAGAGACGACGCGUGAAGUUGUGACAGAGGAAAGCUAACCCACGGAUGGCCUGCCAGUCUGUCGCUGCAGUUAUGGACGAGCAGGCCCUGCUGGGGCUCAACCCGAACGCAGACUCCCACUACAGGCAGAGGGCGGUGGCGUACUUCGAGCAGCUGAAGGAGUCUCAGGACGGCUGGGAGGUUUGUGCCGAAGCGCUCGCUAAAGUCGUUUACAAUGAUGACCACAUCAAAUUUUUUUGCUUCCAAGUUUUGGAGCAUCAGAUUAAGUUCAGACACGCUGGUCUGAGUGCAGCUCAACAGCAGCUGAUCAGAGAGACUCUGAUGAAGUGGCUCCAGUGUCAGCUAAUGAGCGCUCAGCCUGAGAAGCCAUUUAUCCGGAACAAGGCGGCCCAGGUGUUUGCGCUAACCUUCAUCAUGGAGUACCUGACUCUCUGGCCCAAGUUCUUCUUUGACAUCUUGAGUCUGGUGGGUCUGAACUCUCACGGUGUGGACAUCUACCUGCGGACGCUCAUGGCCAUCGACGCUGAGGUUGUGGAUCGGGACAUCCUCCACACGCCUGAGGAGACCCGCAGGAACACUUUGAUCAAAGACACCAUGCGGGAGCAGUGCAUCCCGAACCUGGUGGAGUCCUGGUUCCAGAUCCUGCAGACCUACCAGCAGUCCCACCCGGAGCUCACCUGUCAAUGUCUGGAGGUGGUGGGAGCCUACGUGUCCUGGAUCGACCUCAGCCUCAUUGCCAAUGACCGGUUUGUUAACCUGCUGCUGGGUCAGAUGUCGAUGGAGGAGCUGAGAGAGGAAGCCUGCGACUGCCUGUUUGAAAUCGUGAACAAAGGCAUGGACCCCGCCGAUAAAACCAAACUGGUUGAGUCUCUGUGCCAGGUGCUGCAGUCUGCUGGUUUCUUCAACGUGGACCAGGAGGAGGACGUGGACUUCCUCGCCAAGUUCUCACGGCUUGUGAAUGGGAUGGGUCAGAGUCUGGUCCAGAGCUGGACCAAACUGGCCAAGGUGGGGAGCGUGAAGGAGGCGGCGGAGACGCUGCAGGCCAUGGAGGCCAAAGUGCCGCUGCUGCUGCAGCUGCUGGUGCACGAAGACGACGACAUCUCGGCCAAUAUCGUGGGCUUCUGCUAUGAUUACCUGCACAUCCUCAAACAGCUUCCACAGUUGACGGACCAGCAGAAAACAAACAUUGAGGCCGUCAUGCUGGCUAUCAUGAAGAAGUUGACGUAUGAUGACGAGUACAACUUUGAGAAUGAGGGCGAGGAUGAGGCCAUGUUUGUGGAGUACAGGAAGCAGCUGAAGAUGCUGUUGGACCGACUGGCUCAGGUGUCGCCUGAGCUGCUGUUAGAGGCCAUUCGCCGAGUCUUCACCACCACCAUGCAGAACUGGCAGACGGCGCCCUUCAUGGAGGUGGAGGUGGCCAUCAGACUGCUGUACAUGCUUGGAGAGGCCCUGCCCACGUCUCACGGCGCUCACUUCUCAGGAGACACGGCGAAGGCCAGCGCGUUGCAGGAAAUGAUGAGGACGCUGGUGUCCUGUGGAGUCAGCGGCUACCAGCACACCUCUGUGUCUCUGGAGUUCUUCGAAACAGUUGUUCGAUAUGAUAAAUUCUUCAUCGUGGAGCCGCAGCACAUUCCAAACGUUUUGAUGGCGUUUCUUGAUCACCGAGGACUGAGACACAGAAGCCCAAAGGUCCGCAGCAGAGUGGCAUACCUGUUUUCCAGAUUCAUCAAGACCCUGCACAAACAGAUGAAUGCCUUCAUUGAGGACAUCCUGAGCCGGAUCCAGGACCUGCUGGAGCUCACCCCUCCUGAGAAUGGCUUCCCCGCGCUGCUGACCAGCGACGACCAGCUGUUCAUGUUUGAAACGGCGGGCGUGCUGAUCGUAAACAGCGAGAGCCCCGUGGGCAGGAAGCAGGCGCUGAUGAGGAGCCUGCUGAUGCCGCUGAUGGAGGCGUUCCGCCUGCUGCUCGCCAAGCUGUCGCAGGAAACCGAAGAGGAGAGGCAGGUGGCGCUGUCGGACUGCCUGAGUCACGCCGUCGGCUUCGCCAGCCGGACCAGUAAGGCAUUCAGCAACAAGCAGACGGUGAAGCAGUGCGGCUGCACAGAGGUCUACAGGGAGUGUCUGCAGACCUUCCUGCCCGCGCUCAGCUGCCCCGUCCAGCGGGGGGUCCUGCGCAGCUCGGUGCGCUCCUUCCUGCACCGUAUGAUCAUCUGCCUGGAGGAGGAGGUGCUGCCCUUCAUCCCCGCCGCCUCAGAGCACAUGCUGAAGGACUGCGAGGCCAAAGACCUGCAGGAGUUCAUCCCGCUCAUCAGCCAGAUGACCGCCAAGUUCAAGCAGCAGGUGUCUCCAUUCCUGCAGCAGAUUUUCAUGCCGCUGGUGCUCGCCAUCUUUGAGGUUCUGGCUCGGCCAGCGGAGGAGAACGACCAGACCGCCGCACUGGAGAAGCAGAUGCUGCGACGGAGCUACUUCAGCUUCAUCCAAACCAUCGUGGGCAGCGGCAUGAACGAGGUCAUGGCGAACCAAGGAGCGGAGAACAUGGAGCGCGUGGUGUUCACCAUCAUCCAGGGAGCGGUGGACUUCCCCGACCCCAUCGCUCAGAAAAUCUGUUUCAUCAUUCUGUCUAAACUGGUGGAGCUGUGGGGAGGCAAAGAAGGCAUGGUGGGAUUCCCAGACUUCAUCUACAAACACAUCGUCCCGGCCUGCUUCCUGGCUCCGCUCAAACCAACCUUUGACCUCACAGACGCUCAGACGGUGCUGACGCUGUUGGAGUGUUCCCUAACGCUGAAAAUGAUUCAUCUCAAAAGGGGUCCAGAGUUCAUUCAGUUCCUGCAGCACGAGUACCUGCCGUCGCUUCAGGUGUCACCAGAAAUCACACAGGAACUGUGUCAAGUACUUCAGCAGCCGGACGUCAAAGUCCUGAAAACCUACAUGAAGGCAUUUUUUCAUCAAGCCAGGCUGUAGCGCAGAGACGUUCACACUUAAACCCCCUCAGAGGAACUUUAGCGUAGGAGCUGCUUCUGCACUUCAAAAGUCAACGUGUCACAAAGCCCAGACAUUCUGCAGCGCUCAAGACGGCGGGCAGAGCAGCACGGAGCUGUCCCUGUGGACUCGGACCGAGACACCAAGACACUCGAUUGCUGGCCACGUGGGGUCGACGCCCUACAAUUAUUCGCUUAUAAACGUGGAUACAGGAGAACGGACUGCAGCUUCAGUUUGUCACUGAUUAGAGCGCGCACCUCCACCACGGCCCGAAAGACCCGCCCUCACAAGCUUCCAAAUGUCCCGGAUCAUGCCUGGACUGUCCCGGGUUGAAUUCUGACCUUUUCACUCAGUUUGGUGGAAAAACGGUUUGUUAGCUUUGGCGUGAUUGCGGUGAAAACGCGGCCUGUUCGGCACUUCUGAUGCCUGUCACUUAGGACUUUUGUGAAAUCGUAGCUUUAGUAGUCCGACCUUUACUUUAGGAAACACAUUUCAAAAGAUACAAGACGAGAGGUUUUAGUUUAUUUUGCUGCCAGGAAAACAAAAAUCCUGAACUGUGUAGUUAUAUGAAGUAAUUUUUUUCCUCCUAACCUCACUUCUUUUAUCAUGUUGAGGAAAUGGACCGUUGGAAACUUUUACUUUGACUGUAAUUUUCUCUAUAGAUUUAUUGCGACUGUUAAAGUGGUGUAAAACGGCGCCCCCUACAGCUUGCUUUGAAAUCCACAUGAACAAGUGUGUUACUGCAGCACCAAUUCUUUUGUUAAUUCUCCCGCUCAUGUCUAAUCAGUUUGUCUUAAAUGUCUGGAGGAAUUUUUUUUUUCAUAUUGUUAUGAUUCAGAAAAAAAAGUCAGCAAACCUAGAAAAGUCCAGAUGUUUUGUUUGUUUUUUUUAAAUUGCCAGAAAUUUAGGUGAAAAUCACAGAAAAAGGUUUUUGUGUGAGUGGUGAAGAAGUGACCCUUUAAGAUGUGAAUAUUAUAAAAUUAACUUUAUUCAUCAUUAACUGUAAGUUUGUUUUUGUUUUUUUUUAAAGUUGCCCCUCCCACAAGACUUGAAACAGUGACUGUAGUUGACAAAGUUAUGCAAUUAAGAAAGUCAACAUAAAAUUUACUUAAAAAAAAUCUCCUGAUUUCCCCCCCCACACACACACACACAAAACAACAACUUGAAAACAAUUUUGCUUUUUAAUUUUAGAUGGCAAUGAAAUUGAGGAACAAAUUGUGAACAAGUUUAAGCUCAAUGUAAAUAAAGUUCCUGUAUGUUUAGCCAUUUUUUAACACAAAAGUGAAUGUCACAUAGGACGAGGAAAUUUGGCUUUCCAUAAAAUGUUGUUAUUGAUCCCCUUCUCUAAAAGUGAUUUAUUUUACAUUGCUAUUAGUAAUUUUGUGACUUUACACUUCUUUUUCAUUAUUAUUAUUUUACUUUGUGUGUGUAUUUGUACUGUCUCAAAAAAGUUAUCUUCAGAAUUUGUUGAAUUUUCUAUUACAUUAUUGAGAAUUAAAAAAAAAAAUACCCCUAUAGUGUUUUAAAAA